UUUGACCAGGUAUUUUUAAUUUAUUAUUACUCAAUACUCAUUACAAUUGGUGAAGGCCUAUAUUCGUUUCCUGGUCGCCAACAACGUCGCAACUGUUAAUUGAUUUCCUAGUGUAAAUCUUUUUAUUUCGUCGAAAUUUAUCGCUUCACAAAAUGUUUCUUGGCACCAUUUUGAAAAACUCCAGAAACCUUAGCUCUAAGGUCAAUGGACAUCGGCUGCAAAGCACGCUAAUAAUUGCCGAACACGACAAUGAAAAACUAGCGGCCGUAACGCGUAACGCUCUCACUGCCGCCAAAAAACUCGGCGGAGACAUAUCUGUACUUGUCGCCGGUACUAAAAUUGUAUCGGUAGUAGAGCAAGUCUCCAAGGUGGCAGGUGUGACUAAAGUUUUGAAGGCCGAAAGCGAAGAUUUCAAAGGAUUUUUACCUGAAAAUUUAGCGCCACUAGUAUUGGCUACACAAAAAAGAAUUAACGCAACACAUAUCGUAGCGGGUUCCAGUGCACAAAGCAAAUCCCUUUUACCCAGAGUAGCUGCACUAUUAGACGUCUCUCCUGUGACCGAUGUAAUCGACAUUAAAGCGCCAGAUACAUUUGUGCGUACCAUUUAUGCAGGAAACGCCAUAAUGACUUUGAAGUCGUUGGAUCCAGUCAAAAUAAUUACCGUGAGGAGUACUAGUUUCGAAGCGGCUGGCGACGGUGGUUCCGGAAGUGUUGAAGACGCUGUUCCUGCCGGUAGCUAUGAAAAAGGCAGUGGCUCAGAAUGGAUUAGCCAAGAAUUAAGUAAAUCCGAUAGACCCGACUUGGCGUCUGCAAAAAUAGUCGUAUCUGGAGGCCGAGGUCUCAAGUCUGCCGAAAAUUUCAAAAUUAUUUACGAUCUAGCCGACAAAAUGGGCGCUGGUGUUGGUGCUUCGAGAGCAGCCGUCGACGCUGGCUUUGUUCCAAACGACAUGCAAAUCGGUCAAACAGGAAAAAUUGUUGCGCCUGAAUUGUACUUAGCAGUGGGCAUAUCUGGUGCCAUUCAACAUUUAGCUGGCAUGAAAGACUCCAAAACGAUUGCCGCCAUAAACAAAGACCCCGACGCACCAAUCUUUCAAGUAGCCGACUAUGGAAUAGUGGCCGACCUAUUCAAAGCUGUUCCUGAAUUAAUCGAAAAAGUAAAAUAAAUAAAUUGUACACAGCUACGUUAAAAUACAAAACGUAUGUUUAUUUCGAUGAACUGAAUCGAGUUCGGUACGACUAUUCAUAUGUUCAUAAUAUCUUAAACGACUGGUGAAAUGAUCAUUUAGUAAAAUAUUAUGUAAUGUACAAAAAUGUAUGAAUAUAUUUUUAUUAUUAUACGUA